GCAGCGCCCACGUGUUGUCGGAGCUGGAGCUGGAGCAGAGCGGGCAGCGUCACGAUGGCAUCCUCCGAGCUGGCGUUGCUGAGUGUCUCUGAUAAGACUGGUCUGGUGGACUUUGCCCGGAGCCUGGAUUCCAUCGGUCUCUCCCUGGUGGCAUCUGGCGGGACAGCAAAGGUUCUGCGCGAUGCUGGGCUCACUGUCAGGGAUGUGUCGGAGAUUACUGGGUUUCCCGAAAUGUUGGGAGGGCGAGUGAAGACACUGCAUCCUGUGGUACAUGGAGGUAUUUUGGCCCAGAACAUUCCAGAAGACAAGUCUGAAGUUGAGAAACUUGGCUUCAGCUUGAUAAGAGUUGUGGUUUGCAACCUGUACCCGUUUGUGAAAACUGUCUCCACUCCAGAUGUGACCCUGGCAGAGGCUGUGGAGCAAAUCGACAUUGGUGGCGUAACCCUGUUGCGAGCAGCAGCAAAGAACCAGGCCCGUGUGACCAUAGUGUGCGAUCCCGCUGACUACGUGACUGUUACCAAGGAAAUGGAGGCCUCCGAGCAGAAAGACACUUGUGCAGAGACCCGGAGUGCCUUGGCAUUGAAGGCGUUUACCCACACAGCCCAGUAUGAUGCAGCGAUUUCUGAUUACCUCCGGAAGGAAUGCAGCCAAGGAGAGUCCCAGCUGCAGCUGAGAUAUGGGAUGAAUCCACACCAGACUCCUGCCCAGGUCUACACGCUAAGGCCCAAGCUUCCGUUCAAAGUUCUGAAUGGAUCACCUGGCUUCAUCAAUCUGUGUGAUGCUCUGAAUGCCUGGCAGCUGGUGAGGGAACUGAAGCAGGCCCUGGGUCUCCCUGCUGCCACCUCCUUCAAACAUGUCAGCCCUGCAGGUGCAGCUGUUGGGGUGCCGCUUACAGAGGAGGAAGCCAAGGUCUGCAUGGUCCAUGACAAGUACGGUGAUCUCACUCCUUUGGCCACAGCGUAUGCCAGAGCCAGAGGUGCUGACAGGAUGUCCUCCUUUGGUGACUUUGUGGCCUUGUCAGAUGUGUGUGAUGUCCAGACAGCCCGGAUAAUCUCCAGAGAGGUGUCGGAUGGAAUCAUUGCUCCCGGUUAUGAGGAAGAGGCUUUGAAAAUCUUAUCCAAGAAGAAAAAUGGGAAUUACUGUGUUCUGCAGAUGGAUCCAGAAUAUGAACCAGAUGAGUUUGAAACCCGGACAAUAUUUGGAUUGCAUCUGGCCCAGAAGAGGAACAACGUACCCAUCGAUCGCUCGCUGUUUAAGCACCAGGUCACCUCACCCAAGGAUCUGCCAGAGUCUGCCAUCCGUGACCUGAUUGUGGCCAGCAUUGCGGUGAAGUACACUCAGUCCAACUCGGUGUGUUACGCGAAGGAUGGCCAGGUCCUGGGCAUCGGUGCAGGUCAGCAGUCCCGCAUUCACUGCACUAGACUGGCAGGGGACAAGACCGAUUACUGGUGGCUCCGUCACCACCCCAGAGUGCUGGCCAUGAAGUUCAAAGCGGGUGUCAAGCGGGCUGAGAUUGCCAAUGCCAUCGACCAGUAUGUAGGCGGGAUGAUUGAGGUCACAGAGCUGCCCAAGUGGCAGGGAAUGUUUGAGGAGGCUCCAGAGCAGCUGUCGGAGAUGGAGCGCAGGAACUGGAUCUCCAGGCUGAGCGGCGUUGCUCUCAGCUCCGAUGCAUUCUUUCCUUUCCGGGACAACGUUGAACGAGCCAAGAAGAGUGGAGUAAAUUUCAUCGCUGCCCCAUCAGGGUCAGCCGCUGACCGAGUAGUGGCCGAUGCAUGUGAGCAGCUGGGUAUAACUCUGUUCCACACCAACCUGAGACUUUUCCACCACUAGAAUCUCACUCUAUUAUCAGCUCAUUCAUUGGGCCACAUUGAUGAUUUGUGGGGUUUUUUAAAUGUGUCCACUGCUGUUAUUGAUGUUGGAAAUUGUUCUCUGGAGGCAAUUGUUAUAGAUAAAUAAAUAAAUAAAUAAACCAGUC